UCCAUUGCGAAUGGAAUCAUUUUCAUUAUUGCAGAAGUUUAAACGAUUUUCGAAUCACAAAAAAAUCAGACAAGUUUCCCAAUUAAUAAAACCAACUUGGUGUACAGUGCUUACGUCUCCUUAAUAAAAGUUUGUGAUACUUUAUUUAGACAUUUGUACAAAAUAAUUCGAAGUAUCGUGUGAUCCUUUGGUGAUAAUGAAUGGAAAUUUUUUAUUUGUUUUAUUAUUUGUGUGUCUCAAAGUACAUGCAAACUCUCAUUUGGACCGACGACUGUUUGAUGCCAUCAGUUUUGGUAAUAUCAUCAUAAUCAAAUCUCUAAUAAAGCACGGAGCAAAUGUAAAUGCUGUAGAUAAGGACAAAUGGACACCACUUCAUAGAGCUGCUUAUGAUGAUAAGACAGAUAUAGUGAAAUAUUUGAUCGAAAAAGGAGCAAAUGUGAAUGCGGAAAAUAGAUACAAAAAUACCCCACUCCAUAAGGCUGCUACAAAUGGUCUCACAGAUACAGUUAAAAUUCUAAUUGAAAAAGGUGCCGACGUGAAUGCUGACAACCUGAAAGGAUGCAGACAAACAAACACCACUUCACUGGGCUGCUACAAGUGGUCAUACGGAAUUAGCAAAAUAUCUAAUCCAAAAAGGAUCCAAUGUGAAUUCCAAAGAUGUAGACGAACGUACACCACUUCACUGGGCUGCUUUUAAAGAUAACACAAAUACAGUCAAAAUGCUAAUAGAAAAUGGUGCUAAUCUGACUGCGGAAAGUAGAUACAAAAAUACCCCACUCAAUGACGCUGCUAUUCGUGGCCUUACAGAUACCGUCAAAAUUCUGAUUGAAAACGGUGCAAAUGUAAGUGCCCAAGAUAAUUUGAAAGAAACACCACUUCACUGGGCUGCUAUGAAUGGUCAUACAGAAUUAGCCAAAUAUCUAAUUGAACAUGGAGCCGAUAUUGAUGCCGAAGAUGAAUACAAAUUAUCAUCACUUCAGAAAGCAAUUACUUAUGGUCAUAAAGAUAUAGUGAAAAUUCUAAUCGAAAAAGGAGCCAAUUUCAAUGUCAAAAAUCAAUACAAAUACACACCACUUCACUGGGCUGCCGAGAAAGGUUAUACAGAUAUAGUUGAAAUGCUAAUCAAAAAAGAUGCAAAUGUUAAUGCUGAGGAUGAACACAAAGAUACACCACUCCACAAAGCAGAUUAUAGUGGCUUACUAGAUAACACAUAUACAGUUAAAUAUCUAGUCAAUAAUAGUGCCAAUGUAAAUGCCGAAAAUAUGGACAAAGAAACACCACUUAUCUACGCUGCUUUUCAAGGUAAUACCGAAGCAGUCAACAUUCUAAUCGAUCAUGGAGCCAACGUAAAUGCUGAAGAUAAAGACAAAGAAACGCCGCUACAUGCAGCUGCCCAGAGUGGUCACACAGAUAUCGUCAAAAUUCUUAUUGAAAAAGGUGCAAAUGUAAAUGCCCAAGAUAAUUUGAAAGAAACACCACUUUACUGGGCAGCUAAGGAAGGCAAAAUUGAAACGAUUAUAUUGUUAAAAGAAAAUGGUGCGAAUCUAUUCGCUAAAAAUAAUGAUGAUGAAACUCCAUAUGAAUUGGCUGUCAAAAGCGGUAAAACUGAAGCAGAAAAACUUCUAAUUGAUGUGCCCGUGGUAACCGACGCAAUUAAUGAAAUUAAUAAUUCAAGUUUGAAUAAUAGUUCAAUCAUUUGAAUUUAUGUUUAAAAAGAUUUGCGACAUUUUCGUAGUAUGUCAAAAUAAAAUGUUUAAUGCAAAAA